UAAUAUAGCAUAUAAGAGGUCAUACAAGAAGUAGUGAUUCAUAUGAUGAUGAUGUAAAGAAUAUUUGCUGGUCUGUGGUGUGUAAUCAGGAGCAACCAGACGCUGCACUUGACGCAUUUAUGAAACUACUUAUUCCAGUUACUAAUAAGCACACACCCAUUAAGAAAAUUACUGUAAAAACGCUAUUGAAAAAUUGCAUGGUUGAGAGGGAUGAGGCAAAAAGUAUGGCAAUUAAGUCUGGCAGCCCAACUGAUUGGCAAACGUACUGCAAAUUAAGAAAUCAUGUGACUAAACUAAAUAAAAAUAAAAAAUAAACUAUACUAUGAAACAAAGAUAAAGAAUGAUAGAUAAAAAGAUUUGGGGAACCUUAAAUUACAUUUUGGGGGAAAAAGCUCGGCUCCUUCAUUUAUUGAAUAAGAUGGCUCAUUCAUCACAAAGCCCACUGAUAUUGCAAACUACUUUAAUGACUUUUUCAUUGGCAAGAUAAGCAAACUUAGGGAUGACAUGCCAGGAGCAAACCCUGACACUACACAUUGAAGUAUAUCGGACCAAAUUAUGAAAGACAAGAAUUGUGCUUUUGAAUUACGUAAAGUCAGUGUGGAAGAGGUGAAAAAAUAAUUGUUGUCUAUCAACAACGACAAGCCACCAGGGUCUGACAAUCUAGAUGGAAAAUUACGGAGGAUAAUUACAGACGAUUUUGCCACUCAUAUUUGUCACAUCUUCAAUUUAAGCCUACUAGACAGCGUGUGCCCUCAGGCCUGGAGGGAAGCUAAAGUCAUUCCGCUAACCAAGAAUAAUAAAGCCCCCUUUACUGGCUCAAAUAGCCGACCAAUCACUCUGUUACCAACCCUUAGUAAACCUCUGGAAAAAAAUGUGUUUGACCAGAUACAAUGCUAUUUUACAGUAAACAUGAGAGGUAUUGACAUGUUGAAUGCACCGAGCUGUCUGUCUAAACUACUGGCACACAGCUUGGACACCCAUGCAUACCCCACAAGACAUGCCACAAGAGGUCUCUUCACAGUCCCCAAGUCCAGAACAGACUAUGGGAGGCACACAGUACUACAUAGAGUCAUGACUACAUGGAACUCUAUUCCAUAUCAAGUAACUGACGCAAGCAGUAAAAUUAGAUUUAAAAAACAGAUAAAAAAACACCUUAUGGAACAGCGGGAACUGUGAAGCAACACAAAGACUGGCACAGGAACAUACACACACACACAUGCACCCGAUAACAUACGCACUAUACAUACACAUGGAUUUAGUACUGUAGAUAUGUGGUAGUGGUGGAAUAGGGGCCUGAGGGCACACAGUGGUUGUGAAAUCUAUUCUAAUGUUUUAAAAUUGUAUAAACUGCCUUAAUUUUGCUGGACCCCAGGGAGAGUAGCUACUACUUUGGCAGCAGCUAAUGGGGAUGCAUAAUAAAUACAAAUACCCUGAUGCACAGAGCUUCAAAAUCAAGUGCCCCUAUCUCCAACAGUGCAAUACAAAAAUAAAAAAUAAAAAGGAGCAAGCCUUUAUAGUUGGUUUUUCAGAAAUAUUUGGUGAUCGAAUAGGAAUGACUGGAUGGUGACCACUGCUGUAGACCAUUCCACAAGGAAGUGGAGAUGGAAGGGAUCUCCAGAGUUAGCCAUCUCUGAGACAGUGUCUGAUAGGUUGUAAUUCUGUAGGUUAUCAGAGAAGUGUUUUGUAAAACCCAUGAAUAACUUCGUAAAACCCACAACCUUCUGAUUGGUGGUGUUAAAAUGAUUUUAAUUUUUCAGAUUUUUAAGACCUGGAACGUUCUAAUCUUGUCGCUGGAAAGUUUACUUUAGAUUUUCGUCUGUGUGUUGGUUGGUCUGUGAAGUGCUGCUUCUGCAGCUCAGGUGUGCAUAAUGUAGUGUACCCAAGCACUAUAGGGUCUCUGUUUAGAGUCUUUAGAUAUCCUUUUAUAUCAUGAUGCCACAACUUAAUGGUACAUUUCCACUCCCUGUAAGCACUCCAUUGUUACCCUGGUGAAGUAUAAUCUUACACUCCAAAUGUGCAAUAAAGAUUUGUUGAUGCAUGAUGCUACAGUAUAGCAUGUUUCCACUUCCUGUGAGCAGUGUUUGUUUGUUGCCAACCUAGAACCGGUAACGAGCUCUAGCUCCAACAGAUGUCUAAAAACUUUUGACAACUUCCGACACUGCUUUCUAAGUUUUGAGUUUGUGCAAUAAACUACUUGAGGGAACUGCUACUUGUAGGAAACGUCUGUCCACUAACUAACCACAGGUUGUUUCACAGUGUUCCGUUAUUUCCUUCAUAUACUUUGAGUUCCAACCAGUCUUUCAGUCGAGGUUUCUUUGAUCUCUCUGUGAAACUGCGAAUGUGCAGACCGUUGACGAGCAGGUGGUAUGGCCUCAACCAAUCAAGAGCAAAAUAAGUAGGUCUCUGAGUGGUUCUUACUCUAGCACACGUUCUGUACCAACUGAGAACUUUAAAGUAACUUUACAUGUCUCUUAGGAUUUUAGCCAAAUUAAAUACUAAUUCUGAGAGUUGUGUGCGCAUCAUAUUUUAGCUUUAUUAGUUGUGGAUCAUGUCAUUUAGAGUGAUAGAUGGAUCAAAAUUAUUACAUUGUUGGGGGGAAAUGGUAUCUUGUAGAAAGGAAAGAGUUGUGGUUUUGGCACUUGUGAACUGCUUAGUUCUGCAGUGGGUGUUUUCCUCCAUCGGACAGGAAGACAUGACAGGGAAUGUGAGUGUUUGUGUGAGUGUGCAUGCGUACUUGCAUUCAUGAUCAGCUAGUGUGUCUGAAAGACAUACAGACAUACCGGUACACAGAGUCUUUGGCUAGAGGGUGUAGGUCUGCCUGUUCACAAUGCUGUUACAACAAGCUUUCUCUCUCCUAACCACCCUCACCCUCUCUACCGGUGUUAAGGAGAUCGUUAGAGCAACCAAAGGCAGUCCUUCCCACCUUCCUUGUCCCUCACCCUUUGGAUUUGAUGGCAAAGUUGUUUUUAAAUGGACGAAAAUUGGAAGUCCUGGCAUUAUUUGCGAAUACAAUGUGAAUAGAGAAAUCAGUUCAGUCGUAUCCUGUAAAUCUCAAUUCAAGGUAAUUGGAAAACCUCCUAAACUGUAUGUUACAGAACCAAAGAGCACUGACUCUGGUCUAUAUACCUGCUUAAUAUCAAGAGUCAUACCACCACCAACCAUUGAGAAAUCCUCCAAUGUCGAUCUUCAAGUUACAGUGCUUCCAGGUCUAGUCCUAGAGAGGCAGAACAGCAGUGAUCCUGGCUGCAUCCAGCUUCUCUGUACUUUGGAGGGCCUUGACGCCCAGGACGUCAACUUCACUUGGACCCGACAAGGUCAGGAUUCACCGGAGACACCGUUGACCAACCACAGCCUCUCUAAACAGAGCAGCUUUCUGACAUUGUGCCAAUCAGUGUGGAGAGAGGGUGACACGAUCACCUGCAAUGUCAGACUCUUAGCCAAUAACACCAACCUGAGCAUCAGACAUCCCAAAAGGGAACUAGAGACCUACUAUGAGAAGAACCUUCUGACUAUCAUCUGUGUCAGCACAUCCAUCGGGGUUGUGGCCAUCGCAGCUGUCACCAUAAGUAUUUACAAAUGUCGACAGAGGACCAAUGAUAAAGGUGAUUCCGUGUCAUACAACAACAAGGUGUACGAGAACUUCAGUUUCAGCACACAAACCCAACAGAGACAGACGACCACUGCAUCCAUCCAGGAACAAUGCAUUUAUGAGAUCUAGACAAUCUUAAUCGCACUCUGACAUCCUUGUUCCUCUUUUCAUCCCAGUUCAUAGAUGUGACAUUAUGACAUUGUCAGCAGUAAGAUUUUAGCUUGAUUUCCAAAAAGACAAGGCCUGUAGCUUUCAAAUUAUAUGUCAAUUUCUAUUUUCUGAUUAUUAUUUUGGGGGGUUCAGAGUUUAACAGGUUAAAAUAUAUCUGACAAUCACCCAAAAACUCUUUCCAAACAUUUACUCUAGGCAUACAUUGGGUGGUUGUCAUUGAUAUCAUUAAAUUGUAUAUAACGUUUUCCUCUUGCGGUCCUUUUUAAUGUGAUAUAAAACCUUACUUUGCAUGUGUGAAUCACUCUGGAUAAGAGUGUUUGGGCCAAUGACUACUGGUAAAUGAAUGUAAUGUCCUCAACACCUGCUUGGGAUUUAUUUUGUAUGAGAUUUGCAUGUUCUGAAUUUUCUAACUUGGAGAUGAAUAAAGUCAAACCUAAAAUAUCAA